AUGUCGAUUCCGAAGCGUAUUGAGAAGGAGACUCAGAACCUCGCCAGCGAACCCCCUCCUGGCAUCUCGGCGCAACCAGAGCCGAACAACUACCGCCAUUUCAAAAUUUUGAUGGGCGGUCCAGUCGGCACUCCCUACGAAGGCGGUCAGUACAAACUCGAGCUCUUCCUCCCGGAGGCGUAUCCGAUGGAGCCGCCCAAGGUUCGAUUUCUGACCAAAAUCUACCACCCGAACAUUGAUGCCUUGGGCAGGAUCUGCCUCGAUAUCCUGAAGGACAAAUGGAGCCCGGCGCUGCAGAUCCGCACUGUGCUCCUCUCGAUCCAGGCGCUGCUGUCCGCGCCCGAGCCCGACGACCCUCUAGACACGCGUGUCGCGGACCACUUCAAGAACAACCGCCAAGAUGCCGAACUCAUGGCUCGCCAGUGGAACGAGAUGUACGCGGGCCAGCGCUCGAUUGUGAUUGAUUGA